UUGGACUUAGGUUGGCUGAAGACUUUUGAUGAUUACUUCAGAGAUCAGACACAGCAUAUCUUAAAUAAUAUGGUUAUUAAACUGCAAGAAGACAACCGAAGGAAAUUUAUUUGGUCUGAAAUUUCUUACUUUUCAAAAUGGUGGGAUGGAAUAGAUAGCCAGAGAAGGGAUGCUGUUAAAAGGUUAAUAAAAGAUGGGCAGUUUGAAAUAGUUACAGGAGGAUGGGUCAUGCCUGAUGAAGCUUCUUCUCAUUACUUCACUUUAAUUGACCAACUGAUAGAAGGACAUCAGUGGCUAGAACGGAACUUGGGAGUAAAACCAAAGUCUGGUUGGGCAGUUGAUCCCUUUGGGCAUUCACCAACAAUGGCCUAUCUUCUGAAACGCGCGGGAUUUUCAAAAAUGCUUAUACAGAGAGUUCAUUACUCAGUUAAAAAACAUUUUGCAACUCAGAAGACACUAGAAUUCUUUUGGAGACAGAACUGGGGUAUGUGUUUUUCCUUUCUGCAGUGUGUAUAUUUUGUUUAUACAGGGAAAAUGUGGAGAUAUGAAACAGUGUGUUAUGUCCUUUUUAGAGUCACCAUAAUGCGUAGCUUGAUGUCAAAUAAUUGUUUCAAAUACUUAUCUUUAUUCUUCUGUUUUCUGAAUUAUAUUAUUAUUAUUUUUUUUUUUCAAAGGGCCUGGAUGAUUUUAGAUCAAUACAGAAAGAAGUCAAAGCUUUUCCGUACUAAAGUUCUGCUGGCUCCAUUAGGGGAUGAUUUUCGUUAUGCUGAGAGCUCAGAAUGGGAUCAGCAGUAUCAGAACUAUCAGAAAUUGUUUGAUUAUAUGAAUGCUCAUCCUGAAUUGCACGUUAAGGCCCAGUUUGGAACUUUAUCAGAUUACUUUGAAGCUCUUCACAAAGAAAGUAAUUUGGGUGAAAGGAGCAGCAGCUCAUUUUUCCCUGUAUUAAGUGGAGACUUUUUCACCUAUGCAGACAGGGAUCAUCACUACUGGAGUGGAUAUUUUACAUCACGACCCUUCUAUAAACGACUGGAUAGAGUCUUGGAAUCCUACUUACGGUAAAUACUGUUAUCUAAU